CCCAGCAGCGGUGUUCGUGUAUUCGAAAAAGUAAACAAAUCGUAAUAGUUAUUAAAUAAUUUCGAUAUGGAGAUAUUACAUUCGCUGCAAGGUAUCCAUCCACAAUUCUGGAAAAAAAACAGACUCGAGUCGUUCGAAAACUGGCCAUUUCAAUCUAACUGCGUAUGCACUCCAGAACGAAUGGCUGCCGCUGGUUUUGUCUUGAUCGGUGGUAGAAACGAUCCAGAUUUGGUCGAGUGUUUCGUUUGCAGCAAGCAGCUCGAUGAGUGGGAUUCCGAAGACGAUCCCUGGAACGAACAUUUGAAGCACAUGCCAUCCUGUCCUUACAUCAAAAUCGGAAAGCAAGAUGAGCUUGAUUGGACGGUUCCAGAGCUAUUCACGUUAAUAAAAGAAUUCAGCAAGAAAUCAUUGACACGAAAACACGAGGCUGCAAUUUCCGAGAUAAAGCAAGAGGUGGCGGAGCUGUCGAAGGUGAUUCCGAAGAGAAAGCGAAGUCGAAAGCCUUCGAAUCGCAGCACUAAUUUAAAUUAAUAAAUCGAUUGAUCGAUCGUCGAUUCUUGUUACAUAAUUAUAAAGUCUUUUAAUCCAAUUUUAAGUUGCCAAUCUCUGUACCAUACUUUUUACUCUUUUAUACUUAUCGCAGCCUUUUUAUCAUCUCGUCUAUUCCCUACGUUUACAUGUU